UAAAUCCAUUGUCCAGCACUCUUUCGCAAGGCUCUCGUCGGCUCCUCCUGCUUGUAUAGCUGCUUCUUUUCACUCUUCGUUGUUCAAUUUCAGCAUCUAAAAUGAGGGAAAUUGUGCACAUCCAGGCUGGUCAGUGCGGCAACCAGAUUGGUGCCAAGUUCUGGGAAGUGAUCAGCGAUGAGCACGGUAUCGAUCCAACAGGGACCUACCAUGGAGACAGUGACCUGCAGCUGGACAGAAUCAGUGUCUACUAUAACGAGGCCACAGGAGGUAAAUAUGUGCCCCGGGCCAUUCUCGUGGAUUUGGAGCCUGGUACUAUGGACUCUGUGAGGUCUGGACCCUUUGGGCAAAUCUUCAGACCUGAUAACUUUGUGUUUGGUCAGAGUGGUGCAGGAAACAACUGGGCCAAAGGCCACUACACAGAGGGGGCUGAGUUGGUAGACUCAGUCCUGGAUGUGGUCCGUAAGGAGUCAGAGAGCUGCGACUGCCUACAGGGCUUCCAGCUCACUCACUCUCUUGGUGGUGGAACUGGAUCUGGUAUGGGAACCCUGCUCAUCAGCAAGAUCCGUGAGGAGUACCCAGACCGUAUCAUGAACACCUUCAGCGUGGUGCCUUCCCCCAAGGUGUCAGAUACAGUGGUGGAGCCGUACAAUGCCACCCUGUCAGUCCACCAGCUUGUCGAGAACACAGAUGAAACUUACUGCAUUGACAACGAAGCUCUGUACGACAUUUGCUUCCGCACUCUGAAACUGACCACACCUACUUAUGGGGACCUCAACCAUCUUGUCUCCGCCACCAUGAGCGGUGUCACCACCUGCCUGCGAUUCCCUGGUCAGCUCAAUGCUGAUCUUCGCAAACUAGCUGUCAACAUGGUGCCUUUCCCACGUUUGCACUUCUUCAUGCCUGGCUUCGCUCCCCUGACAAGCAGGGGCAGCCAGCAGUACCGUGCCCUCACAGUCCCUGAGCUCACCCAGCAGGUGUUCGAUGCCAAGAACAUGAUGGCCGCCUGCGAUCCCCGUCACGGCCGCUAUCUGACGGUCGCCGCUGUGUUCCGUGGCCGCAUGUCCAUGAAGGAGGUUGACGAGCAGAUGCUGAACGUGCAGAACAAGAACAGCAGCUACUUUGUUGAAUGGAUCCCCAACAAUGUCAAGACCGCCGUCUGUGACAUUCCACCCCGCGGCCUCAAGAUGGCUGUCACAUUCAUCGGCAACAGCACAGCCAUCCAGGAGCUGUUUAAGCGCAUCUCUGAGCAGUUUACAGCCAUGUUCCGGCGUAAGGCCUUCUUGCAUUGGUACACAGGUGAAGGUAUGGAUGAGAUGGAGUUCACUGAGGCAGAGAGCAACAUGAAUGACCUGGUGUCUGAGUACCAGCAGUACCAGGAUGCCACAGCUGAGGAAGAGGGAGAAUUUGAGGAAGAGGCUGAAGAGGAUGCUUAAGAUCACAUUAAGGUCAAGAAAUCAAUGCCAAAACACAACUGUCAAAGGAACAAACCACAAGUAACCAAUCAACGUAGCAUCAGGAGCUUUGCUAGAAUCAUACUUUAGCUUACAAUAGUUGUCCCCUGUCAUUCAAUACCAAUAAAGUUGUCAAAUAAAA